GAACUCUGAGGUCCCAGGCUCUGAAUUUUACCCAGCAAUGCUGUGUAAAACCAGGUAUACUCUCUGGCCCUGCUACCUGCUGCAGAUUCUCACAGCAUCAAUCUCAUUCUCCUUGGACCUACUCAGAAACAGGAGAAAGAUUAACAGUGCCUCACAAGAGUUCCUCACAGGAGCACAAGGACCAGCUUUUUCCCUAUGAGAGGCUGGGACAUUUACUUAACACCUGACACUGAAGAAACCAAAGACCUUCAGUUCUGAAAUCUCAAUUUCAUUCUCCUCCUCAGGUCGACCAGCUAUAUUGAGCUUAUGGCCAAAAGAAAUCUCAGCACUGUGACAGAGUUUAUUCUUGAAGGCUUCACAGGUCACCCUGAACUGGCAGUUCCUCUCUUCAUAGUGUUUCUCAGCUCCUAUCUUGUCACUCUUCUGGGGAAUGUAGGCAUGAUUAUUCUAAUCCAAGUGGAUGCCCAACUCCACACCCCCAUGUACUUCUUCCUGAGCCACCUUGCCUUCCUGGAUGCCUGCUUUGCCUCAGUAAUCACCCCUCAGAUUCUGGCCACACUGGCCACAGACAAGUCGGUCAUCUCCUAUGGCCACUGUGCUGCACAGUUCUUUUUCUUCACCGUCUGUGCAGGCACGGAGUGUUACCUGCUGUCAGUGAUGGCCUAUGACCGCUUUGUUGCCAUUAGCAAUCCACUGCGCUACAACAUGAUCAUGACUCCAGGUACAUGCAGGGUCUUAUUGGCCGUGGCCUACAUCUGUGGGGUGUCAGGGGCCAUUCUGCGUACCACAUGCACCUUCACCCUCUCCUUCUGUGGUGACAAUCAGAUCAACUUCUUCUUCUGUGACCUCCCACCCCUGCUGAAACUCGCCUGCAGCAGCAUGACACAAACUGAGAUUGUCAUUCUCUUUUUUGCAAAAUUCAUGUUCCUAGCCAAUGUCAUGAUUAUCCUGAUCUCCUACAUGCUCAUUAUCAGAGCCAUUUUGAGGGUGGAGUCGGCAGGUGGGCGAGCCAAGGCCUUCUCCACCUGCACAUCCCAUCUCACCACUGUUGUCCUCUUCUUUGGGACACUUGCCUUCAUGUACCAGAGAAGUAACUCUGACAAAUCCUCAGAGGAAGACAAGAUAGUGUUUGUCUUUUACACUGUAAUCAUCCCUAUGUUGAACCCCUUGAUCUACAGUCUGAGGAACAACGAUGUAAAAGCUGCAUUCAGAAAGGUCAUUGGCAAAUUCCAGUUUCCAAGGAACAUAGCUUUCAGUAAGGGCCCUUCAUUGUGACCCAUCUUUUCUCCAGGUCUUCAUACUCCAAUGGGCAUCAACACCAGCUGGUGCUUUCCCCCAACAGUGUACAGUAGGUAGCUUUCUUCAGCACCUGGAAGUGUGCAGGAACUACCUGUCCUUAGAGAAAAGUACAAGUUUCAUGAUGUUUGUUUGGAUGACCUCCUCUCCCUCCAUUUUCUAACCCCCUCUCUCUUUAGCCCUCUCAAACUUUGUGGGUUCUAGUGCUACUCCCUGGCACCACAGAAAUAAAAAGUAGCAUAGUCAUAAGUGAACUGAUCACCACAUCCAACCCCCCCUUUCUAACUCAGCCAUGCUUGGGUUUCUCAGUUGCUCUUACUUAUUCUUUUGUUACUGUGCUCAUUGACACUGACUUUUACUCUUUGUAGAAAAUUAUAGCUAUAAAUUGUA